CUACACAUGAAUUUUUAAUAAUUAUUGAUCGCUUGAUGUAAAAGCAUCUGCUUCGUAUUUUGCAUCGCAUUGUGGCGCGGCGCGGUAUGCUGGGUGGUGAUGAAGUUGACGCCGUGGAUGGGAUAAAUGACUUCUACUGAAUAUAUCAGAGAGAAAGAGAGAGAGAGAGAGAAAGAGGGAGGAGGGAGAGAUUGUAUGCGCUUGGAGCAUUUAACAUUGUUCUUUGUUUCCAUUUCUCUUAUAAAUUGAACUUUGCAAGGAUCUGCCUCCACGGCUUUAUAUCCGUUCGAGAAAGAGGAUAUAAGCUAUUACUUAAGCUGUUGCACGAUUCUGAGUGAAGGUCGAGGUCAUGGCAUGCAAGCAUCAUGCAAUCCAGAAUCUCACGGCCUUCAUGAUCGGUCAUACGAUUGAGUGCAUUCCUUGUGGUACACGUAACGCAGAAAAAGUUUUUCAUGAGAAAACUACGUCAUACGAACUCCUAAUUACGCAUUCAGCAAUCAAACGUGCGGAAUAAAUUGAAGAACUCCAUGUGAAAUCGAUUUGUGUAGAGGAUGGACGUAAUAUAAACAUCGCGCAAAAAGUAUGAAAAGGAUAAUGCCGUCAAGCGACAUUUUUUCCUUAAAAAUUUACUUUUAACUGGUCAGUGUGUUGUGUAUAUGUGAUACAAAGGAAAAUCCAACGAUACAUCACAAUGGGAAACACGCGGUCGCAACCUUGCAGAAGAAGUAAACCGCCCUAUCUGUUCUACCUGAUUCACCGAACGUGGAAUGUCGUGAUAGAUCAUCGAAAAGAUCGGGAUCGAUGCGACGAUACCGACAAAGAAACGGAUCUUUCAUCAAAAUGCAGCACUUGCAACGUUUGCGCUUACCGACAGGACAGCUUAAUCUUCGACAGCGAGUCGGACAUGGCACCCAAUGCGGAGGAAGAGCUAUUGGUCGUAAAACCCUGGGGACCGCAACCGGAAAAGGAACGGUUAAGACCACCAACGUACAACGCCGAAGAUUACGCGAUCGCGCUGAGACGAUGGGGAAGACGCCCGUUAGGAACCGUUCAAGACUUUCAAGGUACUUUGCCGUCGACAACCAGUUCGAGUUCCGGUUACGCGUCCGGAAGUGGCGAGAUGACCUUGAGACAGUUCACGUCGGUCAGCGAGCUGUUGAACAAACUCAGAGCCGAUCUUAGGCUUGCUUUCCCCAGCUUUGUGCAGGAAUUUGCCUCUCCGCCUGCGGACGGUAUUACAUUGUUGCUGGAGACUUUGCGCGGUGUUCAACUGGCCCAAAGCUCACCGCCGAACUCGGGACACGCCGGACCUAAGAUCGGCACCAGAAGGGCCGCCCUGGACGAAUUGGGAUGCGUGGAGUGUUUGGCCGCGUGCGGCGAACGGUGCGCCGAUGCGCCACGGCUAUUAGUGCAGGCGCAGCCGGGUCUUCUGGCUCUCGCAGUCUGUCUGACUAGUAGUCUGAACCGGUCUCGGGUUCUGGCUCUUCAGCUCUUAACGAAAGUGUGUCAAGCGCCAGGUGGACACGCGGCUGUCUCGGAAGCGGUAUCGACGCUGAGACUCAAGUACGGAGAAGGAGGGAGAUUCCGAUUUUUGGCCGGUGCUCUUUUAGCCCCCAGAGCGGCUAUCGCAUUGCGGGUCGCCGGAGUUUCGUUCUUGAAUGCUUUUCUGAAAUCUGCGCCUCGCACGCAAACUAGAUUAUAUAUUCAGGCCGAAGCCUGCGAAGCUGGUUUAGAGCCGCAGGUUCUUCAAGAAUGGCUGAGGGAAUUCGAUGGACGCGAGGAGGACGCUUUAACUGAUUUAUUACACAAGGAAGUUCAGAAGUGGACGCACAACUGCGUCGAUGUGGACGCGCUGCAGCGUAGGGUAAUGCGCGCGGAGGAAACUUGCAGGAUACUCAGCGAAAAAGUAUCAUUCCUGCAGAUACAACUCGAGAAACGGAAUGAUCGUAAUUUAGAAGAGCGAGAUAAAUCCACGUCAAUAAUCCUCACUGCCGCCAAUCCUAAAAGUCCGAAAGUGUCCUCGAACGCGGAGGACGAAGGUAUCAGCUCCUCCGAAAGGUCUAGCAGUCCCGAAGACACGAAGCCUCAAGUGAGAACCAACCGCCAGAAAAAUUCACCUUCGCAAAGCAAUGAUCAGGAAACAACGAUAGACGAUGUGAUCGAGGAGCUGAGGAUUAUUGUAAAGGAUGCCGAGGAGGAAUUCAGCGACAAGAUUCAAGAGUUGAAUCAUCGUAUCGUCAAUCAUGAUCAAGAUGCAGUCCGUAACGAACAGGAAUUGGUUAAAGGCAAAUUAUACAGGUCGAAUUCCAAGAUCUCGUUGAAUAACUCUGAAAGUUACAUGUACGAUAAAGUAUCCAAGAGGGAAAAACAUGUGAAUUUGAAGACGCUGAGGCCGAACGUGGGCUCAAAUGCGCCUCCGAGUGAAAUAAAGGGCGAGCAGGUGACGUAUUUCGGCAACGAUCGAGAUUACAGCUCGCACUCGAGUAGCACGAAGAGAUUGAGUCCCAACGAGCCGCGCAGAUCGUCCAAGUCGUCGAUGGAAGGCAGUGUAAAAAUCGUUGUUAAGGGACCGGACGUGGAGGAGGCGAUUGUACCGGCCAUUCUACAUCCGCAACCACCGAGAAGAGCGCCGCCGUGCUUAUCGGCCAUCAUGGCCGCUAGGCACUGCGACUUCGCCGAUCAGGCGGAAACGUAUAACUCUCACGACGAGGAAGCCGAAGAGGAAACCUUGGGCGACGGCAGUGAUUCGUUGUUAAGUGCUUCUAGGCUCAAGUAUAACGGCAAACAUCAAAUGUACGACGAACAAAUGCGAAACGUGAACGCGGAUCAACUGCAGAAGCAAGCCAAGAGUGACACUAUACUGAUAGGUUCGAAUCACACCGAUAUGUUCAGAAAGAGUCUCGACGAUCUUCGCUUCGAGAAGAACGACGCGAAGGACAGGAAAGUGUUGAGAAGCUACGAAAUCUCGAAAGAAUCGAAGUCAAAGGUGAUUACAGACGUCAGGCCGCUUAACAAACAAAUCGACAGACAAUUCGAGUCUAUUUCUAAAGGACUUGAGACGUCCUCCGGACGAUCCGCCGAUCAGCGGCGACACAAUUCCAAGUACAGAAGCGAAGUGGAGAAGAGAAAAUAUUUGCGUCGUUCAGCCAGUCACGAUUACCUCGAAUCGAACGUGUCCAGUCCGCAGUCGAGACGGUCGGGCAGCAGAGUGGAGUGUCGCAUCAGGAAAUUUGAAAGUUUAAAUUCCUUCGACGAGCAUCGAAGCUUACAGAAUUACGGCAGAUUGAACGGUUCGGAAAAUCUUGAUAAGCGAGAACGAGCAAUGCUCUUAGCCGAUUUCUCCCGAUCUAAAAUGCGUAGGUCGGAAUCCUUUCAUCACGUCUCACAUCACGCGUUGAAGAGGGACCAAUGCUCAUCGAAGGGGGAGAGUGACAGCGGUCUCUUCUACAUCACCGACUUUAAUUUGGAACCUCUUGUCGCCAGAAGACCACGAUCGGUCGACGCGCCGAAAUCUCCCAGUCUACUAACCAAGUCCCUGGACAGGAUUGACGAAGGUUUAGACUCGAUGGUGGACAUUGUUAUUAUGCAAGAGCAGAAUCAGUGGAACGCGGGUAAACGUCAAUCGAAGGUGAACAAGUCUCGCGAUGAGAAACUGACGCGAUCGAGAUCGGUCAGACCUGAUGACUUCGGCGACAGUUCUUCCGAAUUUAACAAACCGAUAAAACGAGACAAUUCUGCUCUUAAGAACAGGAAUUUGAAGAACGUUAAUAAUAAGCAAUUGAAGAACGACGAAUUUUAUGAAGAACAAAGAACUCGCGAAUGGAAUUAUCAUAACGAGUUAAAUUACGCGAGGAGCAAGAACGAAAUGAGCUCGGAAGACUCGCCGGUGAUAUUGCCAAAAAAUAAUAUGAGACACAAUUCCUUUUGUCAGAAGGAUAAUAUUUCUAACAAGUUUCCUGGCAAGCCGAACGAGUCCGGAAUUUUCGCUGGGCGAACGUACGAUACAUUCGGUCUCGGAAAGAGCCGCUUCAACGCAGGAAAAUACUCAGGAAAUCAGCAAAUUAAGGAAAGUCCAAUUGGCCGAAGAAACACGACCUCUUCGUUGAUAGGGAAACGUGGAAAAGUGACGGAUAUCGUCUCGGGUCUUUACUGAAUGUAUAACCUUAUGCCGUACAAAGUUUUAAAAAGCUAAUGAGUGCGAUUCGUAUGAUUUAAAUAAUUCUUCGAAUAUUCUUUUUGUUUAAUUUAUUUAAGAACGAAAGAGCUCAUUAUGUAUCAAGUCACAUUUUGUUAAAUAACGUAUCAAAAUUAUUUAACCCAUUUGUUUCCCGAAACUUUGUUUUUAAAAAUAUUUGU